AUGGCGGAGAAGCCCUCGGUGUUGAUCAUUGGAGGGCUGGGAUAUAUCGGACGCUUCCUGGCCCUCUACAUCCACAAGAACGACCUGGCCUCCGAGGUCCGCGUCGUCGACAAGGUCCUGCCGCAGCUGGCUUGGCUGGCUCCCGAGUUUGAUGAGGCCUGCGCUGGCGACAAGUUUUUGCAGGCCGACGCCAGCAGAGAACAAGCACUAGCCCGGAUAUUCGACCGAAAAGACGGCAAGCAAUUCGACUACGUAUUCAACUGCGGCGGCGAGACCAGGUAUUCACAAGAGGAUGAGGUGUACAAGCUGCGCUCGCUAGGGCUGUCGCUGGCCGUCGGCAAGGAGGCGGCCAAGCGAGGAGUGAAGGCCUUCAUCGAACUGAGCACGGGCAUGGUAUACAAGUCAGAUUCUGCGCUGAGCAAAGAAACCGACAAGACAAAACCUUGGAGCAAGAUCGCCACGUUUAAGCUGCAGGCUGAGGAGCAGUUAGCAAAGAUACCAGGUCUCAACCUCGCCAUUAUCCGUCUCGCCCACGUCUAUGGACCCUACGCCUCCCAGUGGGUCGCGACAGCGCUUUGUAUGGCGCGUGUCUAUAAAGCGCAGAACGAGGAGAUGAAGUUCCUCUGGACGAAAGACCUCCGGACAAACACAGUACACAUCGACGACGUCGUGCGCGCGCUCUGGGCCGUGGCAGAGUGGUACGCGGCCGGCAAGAGCAACUGGGACGAGAAGACCAUGGGCGGGCCGGUACCGGUUUUCAACGUCGUGGACAAGGGCGCCACCACGCAGGGAAAGAUGGCCGAGCUGAUCGGCGUGAUCUUCGGCAUCAAGACGGGCUUCCAGGGGACUCUGAUCAGCAGCUUCGCCAAGCUCAACAUGGAUUCCGUGGUCGAGGACGUGAACGACGAGCUGCUCGGCCCCUGGGCGGACCUCCUUGAAGCUGCCGGCAUCACGAGGCCAGGGCCGCUGACGCCAUACAUGGAGAAGGAGCUGCUCAAGGACACGGACCUGAGCAUGGACGGUAGCAGGCUGGAAAAAGUGCUGGGCUUCGAGUACCAAAAACCCAAGGUCGACAAGGAACUCCUGGAGGAAGUUAUUGAGAGUUAUAAGAAGAUGAAGUGGUGGCCGUAG